AUGCGAAAGUUGGAAUGGGACGACAUGGGAGUGAAGGUUGAUGGUCGGCAGCUACACCAUUUGCGCUUUGCUGAUGACAUCGUACUGGUAACACCUAGCAUCAGCCAAGCGGAACGAAUGCUGACCGAAUUCGACGAAACAUGUGGAUGCAUCGGUCUUCAGCUGAAUCUACAAAAGACGAUGUUCAUGCGGAACGGAUGGGUCUCGGAUGCCCCAUUCACGCUCAACGGAACGAACAUAUCCGAAUGCACCAGCUACGUUUAUCUGGGUCGGGAACUGAACAUGAUGAACGACCUGACCCCCGAGCUGGGCAGGAGGAGACGAGCGGCUUGGGGAGCGUACAAGAGCAUCGAGGAUGUAGUGAAGAAGACCAGGAACACCCGGCUCCGUGCUCACCUCUUCAACACCACCGUACUUCCUGCUUUGACCUAUGCUUCGGAAACCUGGGCAUUUCGCAAGCAGGAAGAAAACGCGGUGAGCGUCAUUGAACGCGCAAUUGAGAGAGUGAUGCUAGGAGUAUCCCGUUUCACGCAAGUGAGGGACGGGAUUCGAAGUUCUCUCCUACGUCAGCGAUCGAAGAUUAGAGACGCUGCCGCGUUUGCCAAGGAAAGUAAAAUAAGUUGGGCCGGACACGUGAUGCGCUUUAAUGACAACCGUUGGACCAGAGCCGUGAGCGACUGGGUUCCCCGCGAUAUUAAGCGCACUACAGGAAGACCGCCGACCCGAUGGUCAGAUUUCUUCACGAAGUCCUUGAAAGAAAAAUAUGAUGCUCUUCGUGUCCCACGCGAAAGGAGGAACCACUGGGCUACUCUGGCACGCGAUCGGGACAAAUGGAAGAAUUACUGGCGCCCGCUCGACCAGUUCGAAGAUCAACGGGAGUCAAGGUGA